CAGGAGACUAGAGGCGUCCAUUGAAGCGGGGGUGGGGGGUGGGGGCUUGGGCUUUUGGGCCGUUCCCCCGAGGAUCUCCAUCCGCUCCCCGGGACGCUAACUGUCGUAGCCUGAAGGGUGGUUUCUGAGAACCUGUGUCUGUGAUUUGCUGGGAUCCCGCGGGGAGGGCGUUUCCUGGAAGCGGGAGGUCGGAGUGAACCCAGCGCCGCGGAGGGGACGGGAUGCUCUGGCGGGGCCGGGCGCCAGCAGCCCCAGCUCUCCCGCCUUGUCAAUUCUUUGUCCAGCAGGCUGUAGACAGAUGUUCGGGUUCAUCACAUAAAUCACAGAGCUGUUGUUUCUAAGAGUUGUGAAUUUAUUGUGAGCUAUUCCCAUUGCUUACUGAACACGGAACGUUGUGUUUUUGAAUUAAAGGUAGUUGAAAUUUCUUGCCAUCCGUCUAACAUUCUGUUGGGAACGAUGGAUUUCCUACUGCAGAUACGAACGGGUGUUUACGGAAGAAAUGUGAUUUCUAAGAGAAAUGAACAGAAAUAACCCAUUGUGAGAAAGGCAUGGCAAAACCAAAUACAAAACUCAGAGCUUGUUCUCGGGAAUCAUCAGUCUCUUCUCUGUUAGCAAGCUGUAGCCUGAGUGGUAGUAAUUCCUCUAACCCUGAUGGCUCGGUUCAGUAUAAGGAUAAACUGUACCGUUCUGCAUCUCAGGCUCUACAGGCCUAUAUUGAUGAUUUUGAUCUAAGCCGGAUGUAUCCUGGUGUAAGCACUGGAAAGAUUAACAUUGAUAAACGUCCUGCUAAUAUGCCAGAAUUCAACUAUAUUUAUAAACCACACAAUGGCUUUGAAAAUUUUGAUCACAAAAAAAGCUCCUUGUCCUUAUCUUCUAGAAGACGGACUAUUAAUGACAUAGAUUCUGUUAGCCUAACAACUGAUGAUCUAUUAAAACUUCCAGCAGAUGGAUCGUUUUCUUUUACUUGUGUUGGACCAAGACACCGAAUUAGCAAGAAAACCAAGAAAUGCAUUGGAAGACUGAGUUCAUUGGGCAAUGAAAACAAUCAAAAUUUUCAAGAACCCUUGUCUGCCAUGAGCAAGGAUAACUUAGUUACUCCUGUUGUAUACACAGAUAUAAAUGGAAAGCAGUGUCAAAGGCUAAAAAACCUAAAACUUGUGAAUAAGACCAAUAAAUGUAUUUCUGAACCAUCUUUUUUUAAGAAAUCUUCUUUCAAGAACAGUUCAGAACACAAUCUUGAAAAGAAUUACCCAAGAUGGCUCACUGGCCAGAAAUCUGACCUUAAUGUUUCAGGGAUAACUAGUAUACCUGAUUUCAAAUACCCAGUCUGGCUCCACAAUCAAGACUUGCUACCUGACACAAAUAGUCAAAGAAUUUCUAAAUUUUUUAAAGAAGAGCAGUGGUCCCCAAGACAUAGUUAUCAGGCACAAAGAACUUCUCGACUUAUGAAUAAAUUAGAUUGUUUUGAAUAUUCUUUUGACCCCUCAAACAUUUCAGAUUUCUUGAGUGGUGAUAAAGGAUUAGUUAAUGAAUAUAAAUGUGAUUCUGAACAUAGCCAAUGUCAAUGUGAGAAUCCACUUCUCCCAGGACAAUCCAAAAAGCCAUUCAAUGGUGACAAAAUUGAAUUGCUUAUCCUGAAGGCCAAGAAAAAUCUAGAGCAUUGUACUGAAGAAUUACAGAAGUCUGUGAAGCAGGAUGACAGUCCCUGUUCAUUAGAUAAACUUGAAGCAGAAAGAUCAUGGGAAAAUGUUCCUGUUACUUUCAAAUCUCCUGUUCCUGUUAACUCUGAUGACAGUCCUCAACAAGCUUCAAGAGCAAAGUGUGCUAAAGGAUUCCUUGAAGACUUCUUAAAUGAUGAUAAUCAGAGCUGUACCCUGUCUGGAGGGAAACAUCAUGGUCCUGUUGAAGCCCUGAAACAAAUGUUAUUUAAUCUUCAAGCCGUACAAGAAAGUUUUAAUCAGAAUAAAACUACAGAGCCAAAAGAAGAAAUUAAGCAAGUUUCAGAAGAUGAUUUCUCUAAAUUACAAUGGAAGGAAAGUAUGGUUCCCAUUUCUAGGUCACUUCAAAAGGCUUUGCACCAUUUAUCUCGCCUGAGAGACCUGGUUGAUGAUACCAGUGGGAAACAGACACCGAAAAUGUGAAGAGGAAAAUAAAAGUCUAAUCAAUAAAUAGUCACCACAAAACAAAAAUGUAUUUUUUUUCCUAUUGCUUAAACUGGCAAAGUAAUUAUAAGCCAUACACUAUUCUGAUUGCUUCAAUUAUUAUAUAUUUAAAAACAAACUUGAAAAUGUCUAUAGGUUUUGUGACCUAUCUUCAUUUUGUGCCAAAAUACCAGAAUGUGAACUGAAAGGACCUACACUGUGUCCUGUAGUCUGACUUUGGUCUUCAGGCCAGCAAAUGUCUAAUAUUCUAAGAUGGAUGAUUUCCGUUCUUGAAGCUCACAUGGACUUAACCUUCAGCAUCCUCAUCAUCUUAUUGUCUGGUUCUGGAUUAUUAAGAAACUUCCUUGUUUCUGUUUAAAAUCUCUUUAAGCGGAAUAGACUUUUUGAUACAGUUAGCAUCCACUUUUAAGGAGCUUAAAGGAAUAUCAAAAUUGUUGUGGUGUAUCUGUUCCACAUGGAAGUAUGUUGCUUUUAAGUUUUGUUAAUCAAAUAUUUAAGAUACAUUGUAUUUGCCAAUAACAUUAAUAAUGAGGUGGUUCAGUGCUAAAAGGAAUAUUAUUUUAUGUUGUGAAAUCCAAGAGAAGCAUUUAAUUAAUGCUUUGAUGUGAUUCUCUGUAAUAUAAUUUUUUUUU